AUGAGGCAAACGGGUGGAAUUAUAGCUUGUUUUCUAGUCGUGGCCCUGUUGCCAUUCUUAUCACUCGGAGAUGCACCAAAACCACCAUCAUUUUCCACUGGAGGAGGCACCAAGAAGGACAAAUUAAAGACUGAAAAGCUACCGCCCUGCAAGGCGUGCACAGUGUUCGUGAAUUCGUUUCGCGAUGGCAUCAAGCGUACGGAACGUGCCAAGCAUGAUGGUGGUGACGCAGCUUGGGAGGAGGAACGGUUGGGCAGCUACAAAACUAGCGAGCUGCGGUUAGUCGAAAUACAGGAGCGUCUUUGCACGGAUGUGGUCCGUGGUGAGGAUCAGUGUCAUCAGUUGGCGGAAGAAUAUGAAUCCCAGAUAGAAGAAUGGUGGAAAAACUAUCAAUCCACGGAUCCGGAUCUGCACCGAUGGUUAUGCGUGGAACAAGCGAUCGUCUGCUGUCCGGAUGGGUUCUACGGACCGAACUGUGACCCAUGCCCGACAUGCUUUGGCAAUGGAAAAUGUAAAGGAAAUGGUACACGCAAGGGCAACGGAAAAUGUGCCUGUGACGAAGGAUACACUGGCGAUAACUGUGAUAGUUGUACGGAGGAGUACUAUCAGGCGUUCCGGGAUGACACGAAACUGCUGUGCAGUCGAUGCCAUGGUGCGUGUGCUGCCGGUGGUUGUACCGGUGCGGGACCGAAUGCAUGCCGAGUUUGUCGUAACGGAUGGGUGAUGGACAGUGCCCGGGGAGGCUGUGUGGAUGUGGACGAAUGCAUAAAAGAGGCACCAUGCUCAAGGCAACAGUUUUGCGUGAACAACGAAGGAUCGUACAGCUGUUUGGAGUGUGAUAAAUCGUGCGAUGGCUGCAACGGGGAUGGUCCGGAUUUGUGCGAAAAAUGUGCUGCUGGAUACGAGCUAAGAGAUGGAAUGUGCACAGAUACGUCCAACGAGAAGCGUAACCAGUACGCCACCUUUACGCGUUACCUAACCUACCUCGGUCUGUGUAUUGCCACUUGCAUCGUGCUACAGAACUCGACCUGGCUAGCGGCGCUGGUUGGAUUAGCCGUUGCCGUCUACAUUUCCGUUUCGGAGUACUGGCUCAACACUGCCCCACAACAACCGGCGGCACCGUCGCCACGCAUUUUAGACGAGAUUCUUCAGCAGCAUUAA